CAUCUGGUGUUAUUCAAAUAUUCUGUAGCUUCCAAAAUGACUAGUAUUCAAUAUGGAUUCAAAAAUCUCGAGAAAACAUCAAUCCCGAUAGGAUCAAAAAAGCAAUAUUGUAUAGUGUCUCUGCGACGCUGUCACCUUCAUGAGGAUCAAUAAGAAUCCGUUCCUUGGUUUUGCUCUCUCUCUUGUCAUUUAUGGCAAUACACACGUUAGAGGAGAUCUGAUCUGUACUACAACGCCCUCUGGUGUGCACCAAGUAGAACCAGGAAGCACGCUGAACCUCACGUGUUUCGGUAGACCUAGAUCAGGACAAGUAUUAGUCUGGUUCAAGGAUGGAAAAACCAUCACAAGUAACGUCACAAGUAUCCAAAAGCCAGGGUCAAAGGUCAGGUCGAUGGUGACCUUGAUACAGAACGCGUCGACUGCAGAUUCUGGGAGAUAUGAAUGUCGAGACCAGGGAGGGAGCAGCCAUGAUGUCUGUGAAUGGAGGCUGGAUGUAUUUGCUCCUCCUUCCAUAAAACUCAUCAGCCCAAGCUCUGAGAAUAUGAUAGGUGCUACUUUGAUGAUAAAUUGCAAGGCAUCCGGCUAUCCGUUACCCGUCUACAAGUGGCUUUUCAACGGCCUUGAAGUGACAAAUCACACAGGUAUUGGUCCAAUUUAUAAACCGUACCUAAAAGUUAAAAGCAAGCAGCAUGAAUCAAAUUUGAGAAUACAACUGGCGACCAGGAAUAACAAUGGAAAUUAUACCUGCAUUGCAAGCAACAGCAGAGGACAGGACGAGAAGAAUACAGCCAUGGUGUUCAGAAACCCUGUACCACUCGUGCAUAUAGCAAAWUACAUGGUUUUCAAAUCAAGGCGGGAGAAUGUCAGUCUACGAUGCUUGGUCUCUGAUAUCUUUCAGACGCGAACUAUAGUUACUUGGACACACAACAAUCGUCAGUUGGUUGGUCACAAGGAACAUUUCUUCGAUAACAACACCGUGGUAUCGAUGCUAAGGAUCCAUAACGCUUCAGACGAAGAUGUUGGGGUGUACUGGUGUCAUGUUAAAGUGUUAAAUAUGAAGGAGAGAGGCAACACGCGACUCAUUCGGGCAGAAGAAGGAUUACCAUCAGUCGUGACAGAACAGCCCAUCGUCACGUCGCGAUUGGGCAAACGUCUAACACUGUUUUGCACUGUGACGUACCCAAGAUACGAUGUGAUCAACACGACCUCUUGGACCAAGAACGGCUCUGUAUUAUCUCAUCCUUAUACUUCUGGCUACAGCACCAUGGAGACCCCUGAAAAUAACUCCAAAAUGUUUUCGUUGACUAUUAAGAACUUUACACUUGAUGAUGUGGGAACGUACGUAUGUAGGGCCGAGACAACGACCGGGACCAACUGGACUUCGAUUGAAGUACAGAUCCAAAGCCAUACAGUUCAAAAACAACUUUCAUCUUCCGAGGCUCGUGUUCCAACAUUCUCUCUUGAUAUCAUAUUCCUGGUGGCAGCGCUGGGCUCAAUCUUUGCUCUCGCGACAGUCAUUACCAUUCGUUAUCUAUACAGAGUGAAGCCUAAAAAACUGGCUGCCAGAAAUAAGCACUGUGGCUCAUCCCAUGAGUACAAAUAUGAAUCAUUCUUAUCCUUCAGUAACCAAGACUGUAAAUGGACCACAACAUAUCUCAUCCCUCUUCUCGAUAAAUACUCUUUCAAGUAUUGCGUCACCAGAAAAGAUUUCGAAGUCGGUAAAGCCAUGAUAGAAAACAUUGCAGACAGCAUCUAUCAAAGUCGCACAGUCAUUGCUAUUGUGUCGAAAAACUUCAUGAAAAGUAAUCAUUGCCAGCAGGAACUAGAUCUGGCACUGUAUAAAAGUGCUGAGCUGGAUGACGGGUCUCUCAUAGUUAUUAGGAUUGAUAGCAUCGAGAAAAGUCUGUUACCAAAAGCGUUAAGGAACAGAACAUUUCUGGACUAUGCAGACAUGGAGGAAAGGAAACAUUGGGAAAGAAGAUUGUUGAAAUGUUUACUUUCUCAUACGAGAAACAGUACAGAAUGAUUUGAAAGAAAAUCUCGGAGAAAUUCAGAAAUUCAGGAAUUAAUGGAACCUAGGCAUGAAAUUGAGUUUGUUCUGUGAGUUCUGUGCGUUGGCUUUCAGAAAUACAUACUGUGUCAACGCCAAGCAAACCGGCAAUAUAAUAGGGCGAUUUUGGUUAACCUGUGAAAUAGAAUAGACCAACUACAGUGGAUUAUCUAUUAAAAUAUAUAAUCCCUGAAAUAGAUAGUAUGUACUUAUAGAGUUUUAUGGUAGAUCUCAUAGGCUUUUCGGUGUAUUUGCGAAUUACACAUUGUUAACAAAUAAUGUUUGUUUCACGACGAGUUACGUAAAAUCACUCUAAGGCCUCUUCCAUACUUAUCCUAUUAUUACGGCAUGUUCAAAGUCCGAAUCAGUCUCAAAAGCAUAUCAUUUCUAUCCAGUUGUGCCAAAGGCAGAUCCCGGAAUUUGUUAGGGGUGUGUCCCAAAUGAAUUUAAAAAAAAUAGAGAUCAGUAUUAUGCAUCGUAUGUAAUUACAGCGUUAUCGGGUUGUCCGGCAUACCGCAGGACACCCACUGGGUCCCCCCUGUGUACAAUAGCGUCAUGUUGUAGAUUGUAUUUUUGGUCACCGAAAUCAGCUUCAAACACUUUCCAAACCAGGUAUGUUCACAUGUUUUUUGUGCUCAAACACUUGGCGCCCAAAAUCAAAAAUCUGAUCUGAGAUCUUGACGAAGAAAUGACGUCACUGCAAAACUAAGGUUGUCAUGAAGCCUGUGAAAAAUGACCAGUGAAACUACUUAAAAACAUGUCCGCCGUUUUCUGCAAUAAAAAUAUAAAACGCA